UGCUGUCCGUGCCGUGGAUGGGAGGGAGGAGUUGUUUGGGGAUGGUGGGGCCGGGGUAUCGCGUCUCUCGGCUCGGGCUCUCGGUAUCUUGCUAGCACACAGUCGCCUGCCCGCAUCCAAGAUGGAUUGUUUACAAGAAGAAUGAAAAACAGCCAUUAUCAUCGUGACAGCUCCUUCUGUUGUUUUGUUAUUAUUGCCUUGUCAAACUAGCAGACGUCCCCCCCGAAGAGAGUGAGUAGGUAUGGCUGAAGACAUUUGUCCUCACCUGGACUCCAUAGGAGAGGUCACCAAGGAGGACCUCCUCCAGAAAUCCAAGGGAACUUGCCAGUCUUGUGGAGCAGGGGGCCCAAACCUGUGGGCCUGUCUGCAGAAUGACUGCCCAUAUGUUGGCUGUGGAGAGUCCUUCUCUGAUCACAGCACCCUGCACGCACAGGCUAAGACGCACAACCUGACUGUGAACCUGACGACGUUCAGGAUCUGGUGUUAUGUGUGUGAGCGAGAGGUGUUUUUGGAGCACAGGCCAGCCCUGGUGCCUGUACCUGCUGUACCCCAACACUGUAAAGCCACAGAGCAGGAAGCAGCGCCUCAGCCAGUAGGUCAACCUCUAAAAGCCGUACCAAUUGCUGUGGCAGAAGAAGAAAGUUCAGAGUCGGAGGAGGAUGAGCUUAAACCCAGAGGCUUGACAGGAAUGAAGAACAUUGGCAACUCCUGCUACAUGAACGCAGCUCUGCAAGCCUUAUCCAACUGUCCCCCUCUCACUCAGUUCUUCCUGGACUGCAGUGGAUUGGUUCGGACCGAUAAGAAACCUGCUCUCUGUAAGAGCUACCAGAAACUCAUCUCAGAGCUCUGGCAUAAAAAACGGCCCAGCUAUGUCGUCCCUACCAGUCUGUCUCAUGGCAUCAAACUAGUAAAUCCCAUGUUUCGUGGUUACGCUCAGCAGGUAGGGGCAAGCACCCAGCAGGACACUCAGGAGUUCCUGCGCUGUCUGAUGGACCAGUUGCACGAGGAGCUGAAGGAGCCUCUGACAGAGUGCAGCAUGAGCGGGGAGGGGAGUGAUGGUGAGGAGAUAAGAGAUGGAGACCGCUCCCCGUCUGAGGAUGAAUUCCUAUCCUGCGACUCUGGCUCCAGCAGUGACCGGGGGGAAGGAGGGGGAGUGGGUGACAGCGAGCUGCUGCUGCAGGAUGAGUGUGACGGGGUCAGGUCACCGGCAGCGGGGAUGGUGGCUGUCAGUACCGGCGGGGUGAUCUCGGAGAAGGAGAGGCUGAAAGAAAGGAGGGUGUCUGGCUCUCCCCUCCGUGGAGGCUCGCAAGAGAUGGAUGAGGAUGCUGAUGUGGAUACCGCAGCUGUGGAAGGGGCUCCUGACAGGGGGGAGGAAGAGGAGUUGACGCCAACUCCAAAUACUGAGGUCCAAAGUCAGGAGAACAACCAGGUAUCUGACACUGGGCAUGGGCAAGCCCAGAGCAACAACACCUCAGAGCCGGACAAUGAAGCAUCAAUGAGCCAGCCCCAGUCCCAGUCCACUCCCUGUAGUCCCGUGCGAACCCUUCAGGAGCUGCAUCCUAAACUGUCCUCCAGUCCACCUCGCUCCAGCCCCCUCCGCUCUGCAGGACCCGCGUACUCUUUCAAAAAAGCUCAGCUGCUGCUCAGUUGCAGGAAGAAGAAACAAUCUCACUAUCGCAGUGUGAUCUCUGACAUCUUUGAUGGCUCUAUCCUCAGUCUGGUGCAGUGUUUAACCUGCGACAGGGUCUCUACUACAGUGGAAACAUUUCAAGACCUGUCCCUUCCUAUUCCUGGUAAAGAGGACUUGGCCAAGCUCCACUCGUCCAUACAUCAGAACCUUCCAGUCAAGACCGGUGUGUGUCCCGACAAUUACAGCUCGCAGGGCUGGAUCUCCUACAUCAUGGACUCCAUUCGACGGUUCGUAGUCUCAUGUAUCCCCAGUUGGUUUUGGGGGCCCAUGGUGACCCUAGAGGACUGCCUCGCUGCCUUUUUUGCUGCAGAUGAACUCAAAGGGGACAACAUGUACAGCUGUGAGAGAUGUAAAAAGUUGAGAAAUGGUGUCAAAUAUUGCAAAGUACUUAGACUUCCAGAGAUUCUGUGCAUUCACCUGAAACGCUUCCGGCAUGAGGUCAUGUAUUCGUUCAAGAUUAGCAGCCAUGUGUCCUUCCCAUUGGAGGGCCUGGACAUGCGACCUUUCCUGGCUAAAGAAAGCCCAUCUCAAGUUACCACCUACGAUCUGCUUUCAGUUAUUUGUCACCAUGGCACUGCAGGAAGUGGACACUACAUAGCUUACUGUCAGAAUGUGAUCAAUGGCCAGUGGUAUGAGUUUGAUGACCAGUAUGUCACAGAAGUCCAUGAGACUGUGGUGCAGAACGCAGAGGCCUAUGUGUUGUUUUAUAGGAAAAGUAGUGAGGAGUCGGUGAGAGAGAGGCAGAAGGUGGUGGCUCUGGCCAAUAUGAAGGAGCCAAGCCUGCUGCAGUUUUACAUCUCCAGAGAAUGGCUGAACAAGUUCAACACCUUCGCAGAACCAGGCCCCAUCAGCAACCACACAUUUCUUUGUCAACAUGGAGGGAUCCCUCCGAAUAAAUACCACUACAUAGAUGACCUGGUUGUGAUUGUUCCCCAGAAUGUGUGGGAGUACCUUUACAACAGCUUUGGAGGCGGACCGGCAGUAAACCACCUGUAUAUGUGCGCCAUCUGCCAGGUGGAGAUAGAAGCUCUGGCUAAACGCAGAAAAAUGGAAAUAGACACCUUCAUCAAGCUGAACAAAGAGUUUCAGGCCGAGGAGGCUCCAACAGUGAUCCUGUGCAUCAGCAUGCAGUGGUUCAGAGAGUGGGAGAGCUUUGUGAAGGGAAAAGACAAUGAGCUACCUGGUCCCAUCGACAACAAUAAAAUUGGUGUCAUGAAAGGAGGACACAUACAACUCAAGCAAGGUGCAGACUACGGUCAGAUCUCAGAGGAGACAUGGCAGUACUUGUUGGGUAUUUAUGGCGGGGGCCCUGAGAUUGCAGUGAGACAGACAGUGGCUCCGGCUGACCCUGACAGCCUUCAUGGAGAGAGGAAAAUUGAGGCAGAGACCAGAGCACUUUGAAAUAAAAAGAGGUCUUCUGAUUCCCCUUUCCACUCCUGCCCUCGCAGGAAGCUGAGGAAUUUGCACCUUGGUGAACAAGCCUCGCUGUGAGCACUUUUGUAAAUGUAGCAACGCAUUAUUCUGAAACCUAGAGGGUGAAAUGGUACUUAAAUAUCACAGUUUAUUUAUUGGAUAACUCUGAUCCUCAAUCUUAAGGUGUAAAAAUAAGACGUCGUGUCACAUCUCUGGAGCUGUUUUUGGUAGCUAUGGUAUUUCAGUGGCUGCUGUAGUGACUAGGCGUCAUCUAGUGCUAAACUGGCUGUGGCAGGCCGACAGCUGCUAGUGUCAUGAACCAGUAAGCUGAGGAGGAGAACAGAACUACUGUGUGAUGUUUGGUUUCUUCAUGGGAAGCAACAACCAAGAGACAUUAAGAUGCUUUAUGUUGUUUACCUGUUUACUAGUUACAUAGCAACAAGUUCAAGUGAGAGAUAUUGCAUAAAUCUUACUCUUGCACCUGCAACCUUAAAUACACAGUCUAAUGGAUCCCUCAGGGAAUGGAAGUCUUUUUUUGUGUGUGUGAAAUGAUCAGAUAAAUGAGCUAUAAGAAAACACAAAUGUGCAUGUGUUCCAAAAAACAUUUUCAGGGUAAUUUGUAUUUGAAAAGCUUCAAAAUGCAUGAAACUGCAACUCCUAUUGUUUCUCGACCUGUAAGGACAUUUCACUGACACGACGAGGUGUUGAGUUUGUUUGCUCAGACACACAGUAACACUGUUCAUGUGUUCAAAAUAUUGAGUCGCUCCUGUCCAGCAUUAUCCAUAAAUAGGCAUAUACGGACAUAUACAUAUAUGGCUAUGAUUUUAAAUAGAGUAGACAAAUAGCAAAUUUCUAAAAAGACAAACUAAUAUAAUUUUAAUACAUGGCUAGAGUGCAGUAAGUAAGAGGGUGACAUAGAGGAUGCAAUAACCGUAAGAGAAUUUUUCAUAAUAGCUUGUACUUCAGAAACAUCAGUGUGAAUUACCUCAAAUCAGUUCUUAGAUGAUUCUAAAAUUUCUAAUAAUGCAGUACCUGUUUAAACCAAUAGAGGGCAGUAUUAAAGAUUUUUUUUUUUGUCAAUGUACCACUUGAGCAACAAAGAAAAAAAUCUGACAUCACAAAAUAUUAGCACAACCUGCACAUAUCCCAACCUGUUACAAUAGUAAGGUAAUUUGUGAUCAAGUGUAUUUUUUUAUGUCCGUAUAAUAUGUUAAUUUUGCAUGUUUCGUCAUGAAUUUAUCAGCAAAAUGAAGCUGUACCCUGUGGUAGGGAUGCUACAUCAUGAGGUAUUUGCUUGUAAACAUAUUUGAGAAACUGCAAAUAGAGUUUUUGUAAAGCUGUAUUUUUAAAUUAGAUGUAAAAAUUCACAUGUCUUCACUAAUUUAGACACCAAGGCUUGUUUACUGAAAUUAUACACUGGGUGGGGGGUGUCCAAACCUAUAAACCAAACAGGAAGCGAUGAAUCGACACUCUGUGUCGAGAAAUCUGGAUUCAAAUCUUAUGUGUGUCUCGUCUUUUUUUCUAUGUUUUGAUCACAGAUAAGACUGGUAAACAAGAUCAAAAUCUAUAAGAAAUGUCAGAGUCGUUCAACUGUUCUCUCUCUCUCUCGCUCGCUCGCUUUAGAAAAUUCACAUGCUUGCCUUUUUUUUUUACUCUACAGAUCUGCAUAGGCAAAGUUUGCCAUCACAUUUUAAGCAGUUAAAGCCUUGCAACACAUGGGAAACACAAGUUAACAGUAACCCAAGUAUAACUACUUUUCUGCCUCUUUAUAUAAUAAUAGUCAAUUUCUUCCUACUAUUUAUAGAUAUCCAUUUUGAAAUUCAAAAGUAGGACAUUUUAAUUUAUUAUUUUCUGUUAAAUCAUAUUAUUAUAACAGUUAUGUUUACAUAGCACAAUUAAUUUAUACUGUUUAAAAGUACAAGAUCAUAUUAAAUUAAACAUUUUGAGUCAACUUACACUGUUUGAUGAUAAAAUCCCCGGAGCCAUAUUACAUAAGUACCAAAAAGUAACACAAUUAAUAAAAUUGUUAGAUAAUCUUUCCUUUAAUAAUAAUCAUUAUGGUAGUAAUAAUACUUUUUGACAGAAAACACACAGAAAACCCUCCAGAAGUAAGAGAUCCACUCAGAUAAAUACUGAGUGACAAAACAGCAUUUCUAAAUCUAUUUGUGAACAGAAUCACAUGUUAAAUUAUUGAAAACAAGAAUGAACACUGAAUAUUAGUCUUUAUUGGCCAUACAGCAUCCACAUAGGGAUACAGUGGGUUUCUUUGCACCUGUUUUUGUAGCAGCAUUAAAACAAUGAGAUCUGAAAUAUAUAAUUAUAAACAGAAAUAUUAAGAACAUGAUAAUGUAUUAAUUAAGAAUAUGAAGUACAGUCAUCCUACCUUGGAAUACAGUGCCUUCAAGUCCCUACACACCCGCUUUUCACCCCCACACAUUUAAAUAAUUUGCCUGAUUACAACUGUGUGGGCAUGUACAUAUGGUACUUGAUUGACAGCUCCCUCGCUCUUUUAGCUUUAUUAGGGUGGAAAAAUUAAAACCAUCAUCAUUUCAAGUUUAGUUCAGUGAUCUCACGUAAAUUCCCAGCGUAGCUCUGCUCAACUUGGCCAGAGGUCUAAUCAGCCAGGAUAAGUGAAAACACCUGUGUGGCAAUGCAGGGGCCUCAGUAAAUUUUCCAUCGACCUUGACUCCAGAAAGGUCUAUUAAAGCUGUGUACCAUGAAGUCUCCCAGCUGUAUUUAAUUUUAAGAACAAUCAGAAAAGGUUACAUUGACAGCACAAAUUCAGUUAGAAUAUGACACGUUAUACAAUGUUUGCGUAUGGAGGGGGAUGACAUAGAAAUUAACCUGAAAUGAAAAAGGGUUUUCAAAGUGCCCAUAAAUUAAAAUAUGUGAAAGUCGUUAAAGGAUUAGUUUUAUUGGCCUUUCUUUAUCGGCUUUCUUGCUGAGAGUUGGAUGAGAAGAUCGAUACCACUCUCGUGUCUGUAUGGUAAAUAUAAAGCUAUACACAAACAGCCAGUUAGCUUAGCAGAAAGACUAGAGGGAAAUAUCUGGCUCUUGUUCACUAGCUAGUCUCUAACCGUGUCUGUCUGCUGUUUGGUGCUGAGCAGGUAAUGUCCAGUGGGUUUUUAGAGCUUUUUCACUGAAAACAGCUGCCUGCUGCCACCAAAAACAAAACUAUGAGAAAAGUGAGAGUAAACCAAAGCACUAUAAUGGCUAACAUUAACUCAGCAAGCAGUGAACCUUCUUAUAGUUUCCUGGCCCUCUCAGACGACGCCAAACCAGAACCCGUAGUUGAGUUUCAGAGUCACCAUAAGCCUGUGACCAAAACAUUUAAAUAAUUUAAAUAAAGUUGAAGGCAGCCAUCAUUAAUGUUAUUCAUUUUGCUUGAAAUCUUCCUGCUAUGAUAUGUCAAACGCCAUGUCUCUUAACUUUAUUCCACACCAUGGCCUAUAAUUAUCCAUGUCUCCUUGUUUUGUUUGCUGAAGUGUCCAAAGAGCAGUUCAUUAAUUUUAAAAAGAGAGGACCCUGAUUUUUCAAUUUGUCAAAACUGUUUUGUUGUGUUUUUCUUUUCACACAUGUCCCAUCUGUAUCUACAAGAGAUAAUAGUAAUACUACGGGGAUGUGUGUGCUAUGUUUAGAUGUUUUGGGGGAUUAAGUGCAAUGAAAAAAACAAGACAAAUCUUUGUGUGCAACCUUAGCUCUAUCAUCAAAGAUACACUGGACGGCCAUCAAACACAGAGCAGUUUGAACGGCUGACAGUAAACACUGGGCAAGUGCAGCUUAUUAUAUUGCAGUGUUAAGAAAUGUCGAGUGGUAAUGGCAUAAUUAUCCCCACCUGUGAGUUUGUUUGCUUGUGUUACAACACGUAGCUAUGGUUGUGAGAUUUUCAUUUCAUAUUUCACCAGAAACAAGAUUAAUGCUUUCCCUACAUCUUACAGUGUGUGGCUGUUGUGGUCAUGAAAAUAGUGAUGCUUUGAUAACAUGGGACUUAAGUGGUUGACCUGAUGUCUCAAUGUCUGUAUAACUGAUGUAAUUACUCUUGACUGGUUAAAUGAUUAAAAUUGCCUGGUCUUUGA